AUCAUCGUAUAUGAGCCCUUGUUUUUAUGAUCUUAAUAGGUUAAUUAUAAAUUUUUGCAAGCAUUUGAAAAAUGGUUACUCCACUUGAAAAGAAUGAAGUUGAGCAUGACUUUGUUUGGUACCCUAAACCAGCUGAAACUCAAUCUGACAAAUUUAUACGCAAAUUUAAAGAAAAUCCAUUUGUACCAAUUGGAGCUGGUUUAACUGUUACAGCAUUAGUUAUUGGAUUAGUAAAUUUAAAGCGUGGUAAUUCUGCAAAGCAGCAAACCAUGAUGCGUGCAAGAGUAGUUGCUCAAGGCAGUACAAUAGUUGCAAUAAUAGCAGGUUUCUUGUAUCAUCAAUAUAAAAAAAAACAAUGAAAUUUUGUAAAUGUUUUAAAUAAUAACUCAUUAUAAAUGA